AUGAAGGCUGCCUACACCGCCUAUCGAUGCCUCACCAAAGACCUAGAAGGCUGCGCCAUGAACCCGGAGCUGACAAUGGAAAGUCUGGGCACUUUGCACGGGCCGGCCGGCGGCGGCAGCGGCGGGGGCGGGGGCGGGGGCGGCGGGGGCGGCGGCGGGGGCCCGGGCCAUGAACAGGAGCUGCUGGCCAGCCCCAGCCCCCACCACGCGGGCCGUGGAGCCGCCGGCUCGCUGCGGGGCCCUCCGCCGCCGCCAGCCGCGCACCAGGAGCUGGGCACCGCGGCGGCCGCAGCAGCGGCUGCUUCGCGCUCGGCCAUGGUCACCAGCAUGGCCUCGAUCCUGGACGGCAGUGACUACCGGCCCGAGCUCUCCAUCCCGCUGCACCACGCCAUGAGUAUGUCCUGCGACUCAUCCCCGCCCGGUAUGGGCAUGAGCAACACCUACACUACGCUGACGCCGCUCCAGCCGCUGCCACCCAUCUCCACUGUCUCGGACAAGUUCCACCACCCGCACCCGCACCACCACCCACACCACCAUCACCACCACCACCACCAGCGUCUGUCGGGCAACGUCAGCGGCAGCUUCACCCUCAUGCGCGACGAGCGCGGGCUCCCGGCCAUGAACAACCUUUACAGCCCUUACAAGGAGAUGCCCGGGAUGAGUCAGAGCCUGUCCCCACUGGCUGCCACGCCGCUGGGCAACGGGCUGGGUGGCCUCCACAAUGCACAGCAGAGCCUGCCCAACUACGGUCCGCCGGGCCAUGACAAAAUGCUCAGCCCUAACUUCGACGCGCACCACACUGCCAUGCUGACCCGCGGUGAGCAGCACCUGUCCCGGGGCUUGGGCACCCCGCCCGCGGCCAUGAUGUCGCACCUCAAUGGCCUGCACCACCCUGGCCACACUCAGUCCCAUGGGCCAGUGCUGGCUCCCAGCCGCGAGCGGCCCCCCUCAUCUUCGUCGGGCUCGCAGGUGGCCACGUCUGGCCAGCUGGAGGAGAUCAACACCAAAGAGGUGGCCCAGCGCAUCACCGCCGAGCUGAAGCGCUACAGCAUCCCACAGGCGAUCUUCGCACAGAGGGUGCUAUGCCGGUCUCAGGGGACUCUCUCCGACCUGCUCCGGAAUCCAAAACCGUGGAGUAAACUCAAAUCUGGCAGGGAGACCUUCCGCAGAAUGUGGAAGUGGCUGCAGGAGCCCGAGUUCCAGCGCAUGUCCGCCUUACGCCUGGCAGCAUGCAAACGCAAAGAGCAAGAACCAAACAAAGACAGGAACAAUUCCCAGAAGAAAUCCCGCCUGGUGUUCACCGACCUCCAACGCCGAACCCUCUUUGCCAUCUUUAAGGAGAACAAGCGCCCAUCAAAGGAGAUGCAGAUCACUAUUUCCCAGCAGUUGGGCCUGGAGCUCACCACUGUCAGCAACUUCUUCAUGAACGCCCGGCGCCGCAGCCUGGAAAAGUGGCAAGACGACCUGAGCACAGGGGGCUCCUCAUCCACCCCCAGCACUUGUACCAAAGCAUGA